AUGGACUCGAACUGCACCCCAUCCGAGAUGCUCGCCUACAACAGCCACCAAAUUGUCCCACACGACGGCCCCAACGGCAUGUUCGAGGAUUCGGACUCGGAAUCUUCCUACUCUGGCUCAAGCUCUUCUUCUUUUUCGACUGGAUCCAUUGGUCAGGACCCGAACACAGCAGUUGCUGGUCAACAGCAGCUUCCACAACACCAAGCCAAUGGGCAACCGAUCACCUAUCAUUACUUCUGCAAUUUCCCGACUUGUGAUUACCAUAGUGCGCGUUCGGAUCCCGUUAAGCGUCACCGCGACACGCACUUCCCAGAUUACAAGCCCUACACCUGUAAUUACUGCCAAUCCAGUUCCGCAAGACGCGAUUCCACCCGUGAACAUUGUCUGAAGCAGCACAAGGAUGACUCCGAGAACGCCUUCCGCUACGACACUUCCGUCCCCAAACCAGAUGGAUGGAUCGCUUACGAGCCCAAGCGUGCACCCUGGCCACCAAUCAUGGUCUAA